AUGGCAGUAUAUAAGUAGCGCCCAUUACUGGAACGAAACUCUAAAAACUCGCCACUUGGAAAUCCCUUUUUUACAAAAGAAAAGAAAAACUCCAUUUAAUCGAGAGUAGCUUGAUACUUUCAACAUCUGACCUAUGCAAAAUAAAAUGACAAGUUUGAUCAGCCGUUUUUUCUGCAUUGUCCAUCUGAUCGCUGGGAGUACAGGCUAUUUUGUUAAUAACUGGGACCAGCCGUUUAAUUUCAAUUGUCCACCUGGGCAGGUCAUCUCUUAUGUCUCUAGUAUCCAUGACAACGGUGCAGAAGACAGACGCUGGGAGUUUCUUUGCAGGGCAGUUGCCAAUACACAUUCAUGUUCUCACAGCGGUAAGUGCUACGUCUGUCUUUCCAUGGAUUUGAAGUGGAUAUUUUUAAUUUGUACAGCUGCUUUCUAAAACGGCCCAAAGAAAACGACCUGUUUCAACUAUAUAGCGUUCACUAAAAUUUUUAUAAGAAGGGUAUAGAUGGCGGUGCGAGCAAUGCAAUUACAGCAAUAUUUGAUUCCGAAUACAUUCGGAGGAAAUGUGACCGGUUACAUACCAUUUAAUUGCUUUGUAAAUGUUGUACAUUUUAACUUUUGGCUCGUAGAAUGAAAAAUACGCAACAAAGGAGUAAGGACAAGCAUACAAAGAAACACGAUACCAAAUAUAAUAAGAAUACAACUAUCCAAUUUAAUAAAACAACUAAAUUUAUUUUAAAAAAUAUUCCUGCAGCUGAUUUUUUGGCUCUUUUGGCUAAUUAGUUUCCCGACGAAUGCUCUAGAGUAAAACUCAGUUAAAUUACGUAUUCACGCUUUAUAAAAAAAAUUCUCCAACAUCAUUCUUAGAUAGAGCGCUAUCGUAUCAUUAUUAACAUUGUAACAUUUAGGUUUCAUACAGCAAAAAGCGUUAAAACCGGUCAAGCCCAAGAUGUUAUUGUAAAAAUAUGAAACGUUACCCGAUGGGGAGGUUUACCGGAAAUUUGAUCGAAAGAAAUGUCAUCGCCGGUAAAUUGAUCGACGGUAAAUUGAUCGAACGGAAAUUUUGUCGAAUCUUUUUUUCAGUUCACCCGUUAAAAUUUUCGUCAAAAUUAUUUUUGAUGGCACUAUACGAUAUAGUAAAACAAAAUAAUGCGUUCAAAAAGAAAUUUAAAGCAAAAUUUUAAGGUAAAAACUGAAAAAUUAUCAAUUAACCGUCGAUCAAUUUACUGUGGACGAAAUUUCUUUCGAUCAAAUUUUCGGAUACGCAUUGCGAGUCCAAUCCUUGCGUGAGGGCCAUACUAGACCACUGAAAAAAUCACUGUUAACGCAAACGUUAAAUAAACGCAAAGCUUGUAAAAGAAAGAAAACUGACACCCCGUGAAAAGAAAGUCCUCGCCAUUUUUAUCUACUUUUGUUCCUAUUCACUCAGGAUACGUCAACACGUUCGACAACCCUGUCGUCUUCAGAUGUCCGGGGCAUCAGGUGAUGACCGGCGUCAACAGUUACCAUAGCAACGGAAAUGAGGAUCGUCGGUAUGGUUUCUACUGCUGCAACGUCGCGUCUUUAAAAACAUGUGACUGCUACAUCACCGGCUACGUCAACGACUGGGACGAAAAGCUGACCUUGGUUGUACCCGAGGGCAAGGCCAUCAAGGGCGCCUUCAGUCAUCACGACAAUGGCCGUGAAGACAGAAUCUGGCAAUUUGAGAUCUGUAAUCUGUAGAUGAAUUGAAGGGGACUGCACCGUUUAGAUCAGUUAAACCUGUUCCCUUGAGAUAGCAUUUUAAUUUGUUCUUGCGACAAUAUUGAGAUAAUGCAAGACAGAUACAAUUUUUAUGAGUUGUUUGUUUUUUAUUAAUGGUAUUACUGAUUUACGCAUUGUCUCUAAUAGAACCUUACAUCAAGAGUUUUAUAGAUCUUUGGGACCUC